AUGGCCGCCCCCAUCACAAACGGUGGGUUGCCUGGCCCCGAUGUUGUGGAAGUAUUGCGGCCAAUUGAAAGGGGUCUGGUCGCUACCGUCUUCUUUUAUCGAAAGAAGCCAGAAAGAAGAACCUUACGGAUCAAAUUAGAAACUCGACAGUUGAUGUGGAUCAAAAGUCAAGGGAGCAGGCCUGAAGGAACAGUAAAUUUGCGAGAGGUUCGUGAAAUCCGGUCGGGGAAGAACUCGAAGGAGUUUGACAAGUGGCUUGAGGAUUCCCGGAAGGCUGACACCAAGGCAUGCUUCACUCUCUUCUACGGCAGUGACUUCAAACUCAAGAGUCUAUCUGUUGUUGCCAACUCCAAGGAUGAGUUCGUGGUAUGGAUGAAGGGGCUGGACUACCUGGUGAGGGACACAAAGGAGGCUUCCUAUCAGCUGCAGCUGGAGAGAUGGCUGAGGAAAGAAUUUUACAUUAUGGAGAAAUCAGGCUCCGAGAUAGUGACCCUGAAGAAUGUGAAGGCAUGGCUUCCCAGGAUCAACUACAAGAUGUCAACCAGCAAACUCCGAGAGACUUUCCAGGAGGUUGACUCAAGUGGUAAAGGAGAGAUUGUGUUUGAACAGUUCUCCUGCCUCUACCACCGGCUUGUCCAUGUGAAGAGUAUUGCGACUGAACACUUCGAGAAGUAUUUUGAAUCCUUUAGUGAGGAAAGGAGGAUGACAAGUGAAAGAUUCCAGCAAUUUUUACUCGAAGAACAAAAGGAUGUGAACGCUACUGACAUCGGCUACGUGAGGAACCUGAUGACAACGUUCCUGGACGAGAUGGUGCGCGUAGCUGGUGGACUCUACUUCACAGAGAUAGAGUUUGAAGACUUCUUGUUCUCACCUCACAAUACAAUAUGGGACUCAAGGAACGACGCCAUCACCCAUGAUAUGAACGCCCCACUCUCUCAUUACUGGAUAGCAUCAUCUCAUAAUACAUACUUAACAGGUGAUCAGUUGUCCAGUGAAUCAUCUGUUGAAGCCUAUGUCCGGUGUUUGAGAAUGGGAUGCAGGUGCCUUGAGUUGGACUGUUGGGAUGGCCCUGACAGUCAUCCAUACAUCUACCAUGGCCACACUCUCACGUCAAAGAUCAAAUUCCUAGAUGUUCUCAAAGUGAUCAAGGAACAUGCUUUCUCAACAUCAGCGUAUCCACUGAUUCUGUCCAUAGAGAAUCACUGUAGUUUAGGGCAGCAGAGGAACAUGGCUAUGGCAUUCAGAGAAACAUUUGGUGAUAAUCUUCUAAUCGAGCCCAUCAGCAAAGAUGCAAUCUCGUUACCGUCCCCAGCACACUUGAAGAAUAAGAUUAUUUUGAAGCAUAAGAAGCUCCCUGAGUGGGUAGAUGGCAAUGAGUGGAAGUACACAGUGUCCAACGAUGACAGCAAUGUGGACGUGGAUCUCAGCUCUUCUGUGAAGAAUGGGAUGAUGUACCUAGAAGACCCAGUCGAUCAUACAUGGCACCCUCACUUCUUUGUGUUGACCCUCAAUAAGUUGUACUACACAGAGGAGACCCAGACGUCAGACAUGGACGAUGAGAACGAUGAUGAUGACAGUGCAUCUAUUGAGGUAAUAGAAUUACCGGACGCGCGGAAUUACCAAUGGACUGGAUUCGAGGGGCUUGAAUACAUGGGUCGCCUUGAGGGUGGACGUCGACGGGCGGAGGAACUCCUCCAUCAGUACAGCUACCUCGGAGAUGGUACUUUCCUCGUCAGGGAGAGUGACACCUUUGUUGGAGACUUCUCUUUGUCCUUCUGGCGCCAGGGUAAGGUGAACCACUGUCGUAUCCGAUCGCGACAAGAGAGAGGUCAGGUGAAGUACUACUUGAUAGACGCUGUGACCUUUGACUCCCUGUACAGCCUCAUCACCCACUACCGACAGUUCCCGCUCCGAAGCUCCGACUUCACUAUGAUCCUCAAGGAGCCAGUACCACAGCCACAGAGUCAUGAGGGCAAGGACUGGUACCACGACAACAUGAGUCGGGCGGAGGGAGAGGACCUAUUGAAGCGGAUGCCUCACGAUGGCUCCUUCCUGGUUCGACACAGUGGGACUGACCAGUACUCGUACGCUAUAUCCUUCAGGGCGGAAGGCAAGAUCAAACAUUGCCGGAUCAAGCAGGAAGGAAGACUGUUCCUCAUCGGCAACGCUCAGUUCGAGAGUCUGGUGGAGCUGGUCUCAUACUAUGAGAAAAACGCGCUGUACAAGAAGAUGAAGUUGAAACAUGCUGUCAAUCAUGAGGUUGUCGACAGGCUGGACAUGGCCCCCGAUGAGACAGGGAUAUAUGGCACACCAGAUUUAUAUAUCAAUCCCAAUGAUUUCACAACCAAGCUGAGAGUGAAGGCUCUCCAUGAUUACCAGGCCAACCGGGCAGAUGAGCUGUCCUUCCUCAAGGAGGCCAUCAUCACCAACGUCACCAAACAAGAUGGAGGAUGGUGGAGGGGUGAUUAUGGGGCGAAGAAACAGCACUGGUUUCCCUCCAACUAUGUGGAGGAACUGGACUCGGAGAAUGAUUCUGCGGAGUCAGCACCUCUGGGAUCUUUACAGCAGGGCUCUGUAGAUGUCCAGGGAUGUAUGACAGAGGUGUCUGUGGGGAGAGGCAGGAACUUUGCCUUCAAGCUGUUCAGUCGGUACCAGGCCCACCCUCUGGAAGUGGCCUGUGAGACUGAUGCUGACAUGAAGGAUUGGAUGGAGAAGAUAAGCCAUUGUUCUUCCAGUGCUGUGCAGAGGAUGUCGAAAAUAACUAAACAUGACAUUGAAAGGAUGACAUCCGAACAGAAGAUGCUGGAAAGGACGAUGAGAAUAGCUAGGGAGUUUUCUGAUCUGAUAGUCUAUUGCCGAGCCGUCCCAUUUAAUCCAGAGGAAAUACCUGGUCCGUACUACGAGAUGUCCUCAUUCCCAGAAACAAAAGUUGAAAAAUACAUCAACCGCAGCAAAGCCAAAUUUUUCCUUAGUUAUCAUCGUAACCAGCUGAGUCGAGUGUACCCGAAAGGGCAGCGUGUUGACUCAUCGAACUACGACCCAGUCCCAAUCUGGAACACAGGAUCACAGCUCCUGGCUCUCAAUUACCAGACCCCAGACAAGGCCAUGCAGGUGUACCAGGGACGCUUCCUGCAGAAUGGAAGGUGUGGCUAUGUUCUGCAGCCAGAGGUGAUGAGGAAAGAGUGCUUCAACCCCUACAAGAAAUUCCUCUCCCAGCUUGAAGUAGAGCCUCUCGCACUCACAAUCAGUAUUAUUGGUGCCCGUCACCUGGUGAAGUCAGGGCGUGGUAUUGCAAGUCCAUUUGUUGAAAUUGAAGUCAUGGGAAUCGAAUGUGACAAUCAGAAGUUCAAGACAGGAACUAAAGUUGACAAUGGUUUGAAUCCGGUGUGGAAUGAGGGGUGUAUGUUUGAUAUCUACUGCCCCGAGAUGGCUCUCAUCAGGUUCGCUGUCAUGGAUGAAGACAUUUUUGGAGAUCCCAACUUCCUUGGACAGGCCACCUUCCCUGUGCCAGGCCUUCGCUCAGGUUUCCGGAGCAUUCCCCUGAAGAAUGGCUUCAGUGAAGAACUGGAACUGGCAGCACUAAUGGUCAGCAUCGACAUGAGGAACCCCAAGGAGGGGGAGGAGAGCGACAUCUACGCCUCGAUCCAGCAGCUGUGUGACGAGUCCGACAACCUGGAGGCUGUGAUCGAGGACCUGGACCGACGCGGGGAUAAGGAGUCGGCCAACAUCAAGCGGGUCGAGCUGGAGGAGACGAAGGGGCUGCUGCUGGCUAAGAGGGAGGAGCGGAGGAUGAGGAAAUCUGCCAUCAGACAUCAAAUCAUCUACAGACGCCAGUCAAACAACUGAAAGAAGCAGCCAUGUUUGUUGUACCAUAGGAACCACAGCUGUGUACAGCGGUCAGCCGAGUAUGCAUAGAUUACGUCAUGUAUAUAUGGGUCAAUCCGUUAUGUCCAUUUAAUAUGAUAUAGUAUUCCUUGUGCAGAAUAUCCCAUUUUGAUGCCUCAAGUGUUCCUUACCAAUGUUCAUUAUGAUAUCUGAUCACCAGAGUGAUACACAUGCAUGUUUGGGGCUGAUGUUUCAUGCCGGUUUGGCCCGGACCAUGAAUGCUACAUGCAGUUGUUGGCUGUUGGAGUGAAACCUGCCCAAAACAGUAAGAGUCCGGUAUGACCUUUUCACAGCCUGCCUUAGGUCCGAGAUGAAGAAGGAAGGGAAGUCACACAUGUGGCCAGUCCAAGGAACAUGUGACACAUGUGAUCUGGUUUUCGAUUGGAAGAAAUGGCCUCUCCUUGUGAUCAUGGAUGUGAAGCAUCUUCAUCUCCUGUCCAGCCUCAUGUUGAUAAUCGGUCAUAGUCUUCUGUCAGAUGAAGUUACAUUUGUAUAAUAAUGCUUUUGGUAGCUCAGCACAUCAGGAGCUGGUUGAUGUUUGAUAUGUUUCAUCUAUUGUGUGGGUAAAUGUUUGGGUCCAGUGUUUGGUGGGUUAAGGAAGUUCGAUAGCCUCAUUAGUCACAUGUAUAUGGCUGCCGGACAAAUAUAAACGCAGGGGCGGAUCCAGAAGUGAGGUGCGCACCCCCUCUCCCCCCAAAAAAUAUUUCCCUGAGGAGUGUUUCCCCUUAACCUUUGGACUUCAUGAUUUAUGUGCACCCCCUUCUUCCUUGGAUCCGCCCCUGUAAACAUGAAUAAGCCUUUUUUUUAACAAGAUUCAGAUGUCAAGUAACAAAUGUAUACACAGACCUAGUUUAGAAUGGUCAGUUACUUGUAUGUUGUUUGACUUUAAACUAAUCCCAACCUACACAAUCUUAGGCAAGGCCUUUGCAUCUAAUUUUGUACAGUUUUAAAGACAAAUAGUGAAAUUUAUGUCAAUGCAAUCUUUGAAACUGAAUUUUUACAGAAUAACAAAAGACAAAUAGUGAAAAUGUAUGUGAAUGGGUCUCGGUAAUGGGACAGUAUAUUUUGAAAAGAGAAAGGAUGAGUAGCAAAAUACAAACAUAGGUUCUGAUGAAAUGUUAUCCAGCUGAAUUGAUUAAGGAAUAUGAAAUUAAAAGUCCCUUUACUCGAGAGACCAGACCUGAAGAUUUUGUUUGGGUUGUGUGUAUAGCAAGGAAGUCUUCAGUGGUCCAUGACAAGACCAGUUGGAUAUGAGCUUAGUGAUAACAUUACAUAUGAACUGUGAACCCGUCUUUGUAUGCAAGUCCCUGUUUAUUACAUAAUGUAGAUCUUAUUGUGUCUUGUUCAUCUGACACAAUAGGCUUCAAUGUUUUUUUUAUUCAUUCUUAGUCAAGACUAUUUUUUGCUUAUCUGAAUAUUAUGAAAAGCGAUUAUUGUUUGAAAAGAAUUUUGUACCUGUUCCCUGAAAUGCAAGCCAUAGAAAAAAUGUGUAUGCAAAAUGUUAGAUUAUGAGACAACAUGCUUAACUAACACUGCUCACUUUGGAACAUUAUGACUAUUUUGUGUUCAUGUUUUUUCACUUACUGACCAGGAUUCUUCACAGAAAAAUCCCCAAACCAAGAUGUUAUAGAAGUCUGGUCCAAUGUUUUUUACAUCUGUGUUCAUGAAUAAGCUGGGUCUCAUGUAGCUCGAUGUCCCAUAGCCAUAAUAUAUAAUAUUGUGUCGUCAUUGUUUUCCUAUGCUUGAAAAGUUACUUUAGCAAACAGCUGAGAUAUUGCUGAUAUGGCUAAAUCAUUGUUUACUCGUUCACUCAUUAAAAAGCUGAUUGUU